CGCCAUGAAGCGGCCCAGGGAGCCGAGCGGCUCCGACUGUGAGUCCGACGGACCCAUCGACGUGGGCAGCGAAGGCGAUCUGAGCCAGAUGGCCAGACCGCUGUCCUCUCCCAGCCCUUCGCAGAUGCAAGCCAGGAAGAAACGCAGAGGGAUCAUAGAGAAACGGCGUCGAGAUCGCAUAAACAGCAGCCUUUCUGAAUUGCGGCGCUUAGUCCCCACUGCCUUUGAGAAACAGGGUUCUUCCAAGCUGGAGAAAGCUGAGGUCUUGCAGAUGACGGUGGAUCACUUGAAAAUGCUCCAUGCCACUGGUGGGACAGGAUUCUUUGAUGCCCGAGCCCUGGCAGUUGACUUCAGGAGCAUUGGUUUUCGCGAGUGCCUCACUGAGGUCAUCAGGUACCUGGGGGUCCUGGAAGGGCCCAGCAGCCGAGCAGACCCUGUCCGGAUUCGCCUUCUCUCCCACCUCAACAGCUACGCGGCUGAGAUGGAGCCUUCGCCCACGCCUGCUGGCCCCCUGGCUUUCCCUGCUUGGCCCUGGUCUUUCUUCCAUAGUUGUCCAGGGCUGCCAGCCCUGAGCAACCAGCUCACCAUCCUGGGAAGUGUGCCUGGCCCUGUCCUCCCCAGCACCUCCUCUCCUGCUUACCCCAUCCCAGCCCUCCGAACCGCACCCAUUCGCAGGGCCACUGGUACCAUCCUGCCUGCCCGGAGGAAUUUAUUGCCCAGUCGAGGGGCAUCUUCCACCCAGAGGGCCCGCCCCCCAGAGAGGCCAGCUGCCCCUCUUCCCAUGGCCUCCAGCAGCAGGGCUGCCAGGAGCAGCCACACCGUUCCCCUCCUGCAGUCCUCCUCCCCAAGAUCCCCUGGUGCUGUGGGCUCCGCAGCUUAUGUGGCUGUGCCAGUCUCCAGUCCAUCUCCCACAGGGCCAGCUGGGAGGCCUGCAGGUGCUGUGCUCUACCACUCCUGGGUCUCUGAAAUCACUGAAAUUGGAGCUUUCUGAGCUUACUCCCCCACCCCCAGGCUCCCAGGAUCACAAGAAAGGUUCUU